GGUGCUAUAAAGGGAAAAUUGCAGGAGCUGGGGGCUUAUGUCGUUUCUUUCAGGUAUCCUUUGAGGGUGGAGAGGCUAUCUCUUGAGCCAGCUGAAGACAAAAUGGAGGGAUCUCCCAGGGGCUUAAACAGACUUUCUCUUGUGGGUGGAGACCCCUUCCUUUCUCCUAUCCAGAAUUCAGCUCCAAGAUGGAGUUUUGGAGUCACAUGGGCAAGUCACUUGUCCAUGCAUGACUGAGUUCCUUACCAGCCAGGCCACAUUCCUGGGAAAGCUCAGAUGUGGAUUGACGUCUCCAAGUUCAUUGUUUGGACAGUUACUGAGAAUAGUCUUUUCUCAGGAAGCUGACCAACUGCUUCACCGAGGCUACUUAAAAUUAAACAAGUACAUAGCCAAUAUUCAUAACUUUGAAUACAAAAAUGAUACAUGCAUACAAAUAUGAUGAAUAUAUCCAGUGGAUCAUAAUCUUUACAGAGAUAUGUUACAUGGCAUAUCUAGCAUAAAACAUAUUCCAGUUAUGUCAUAUAUACAUUCAUAAGCAUAAUCCCAUAAAGCAUUAUGGGGUGCAAUGUCACAGGAGAUUCCUCAACCUGAGCCAUUCUUUUUAGGUGACAAAUCUGAGGAACUCUCCCAAAUUGAGGAGUCAGUAGAGGAGGUUUUGAAACAGAUGGAUAAAUUAAACAGUAAUAAAUCACCAGGACCAGUUGGUAUUCACCCAAAAGUUCUGAAGGAACUCAAAUGUGAAAUUGCAGAACUACGAACUGUGAUGAAGAGCUCCCUGAUUAUAUUAUGGUCAUGGUGGCCAACAAGAAGAGUCAGGAGCAGAUGACAGAGGACCUUUCCCUUUUCCUAGGAAACAACACUGUCAGGUUUACUGUAUGGCUACAUGGUGUGUUAGAUAAACUUCGGUCUGUAACUACUGAACCUACUAGCCUAAAGUCUUCAGACUCUAACAUCUUUGAGAGCAACUUGCCUUCCAGCAAAAGCAGUUCAUGUGGGAGUGAUGAGAGACGGCGUGAGGAAAUCCUACCACCUCUUGCAGUCUCCAGCACUCGGGCUGAAAGAAAUGACUCCAGAGUUUCAACCAGCUCACAAGAGCAGAGAGCUGCUGCUGCCCGGCAGUCUUAUGAAGAUGGAUCUGCAUCCCGCUUAAUGUCAACAGUCAAGCCUUUAAGAGAGUUGGCGCCUUCUGAAGCUGUGAUUGACAUUAAACCUGAACCAGAUGAUCUCAUUGAUGAAGACUUAAAUUUUGUGCAGGAGAAUCCAUUGUUGCCUCGGAAGAAAGCUGUUAUAACUGUAACUUAUGGAUCUUCCCGUCCUACUGCUGAAAUCUACAGACCACCAGCUAGCAGAAGCACGGACAGCCAUAUACACUUACAAAGAUUGCCGCAGCAAGGCAGCCUACAGGGUGGUAGGCAGUUAGACAUGGAAAGCUGCAGGUCUUUGGAAACAAUCCCGCUAUGUGAUCCAGAAGCAUUUGGCAGCUUAGCAGAAAGUUACAGGCCCACCUCCAAACUGAGCGCUGAUAAAAUAAGCAGUGAGGAAGAAAGUUCCAGGAAGAGAAAAUUGCCAGUUAUAAGCUCAGUGGUCAAAGUGAAAAAGUUCAAUAAUGAUGGGGAGGAGGAGGAGGAGGAGGAGGAAGACUAUGGGUUACGAAUAGGAAGUAUCUCCAGCAGUGUGUCUGUACCAGCAAAGCCUGAAAGAAGACCUUCACUACCACCAUCCAAACAGGCCAAUAAGAAUUUAAUAUUGAAAGCUAUAUCUGAAGCUCAGGAAUCGGUUACAAAGACAACCAACUAUUCCACAGUUCCACAGAAGCAGACCGUUCCAGUUGCACCCAGAACAAGAAUUGCUCAGGAUGAACCUCUGUUAGAAGUGAUCCAUGUACAGAGCCGACCUUCCAUAGUGAGUGCCCAGAUUGAGGCAGAAGAACCCAAGGAACAGACGACAGAAAGAAUUCAAGGAACUCAACAAACGCAGCUCUUUUCCCGACUCCAGAUUGAACCGUUAAUUGAAGAAACUUUGCAAAUGACUCAAGAUUAUUUUGACGUGGAGUCUGUGGUCCACACUGAUACUAGAUCAUUUAUUCUGAAAAAGCCAAAGCUAUCUGAGGAAAUAGUAAUGCCACAGAACCAGGAAUUGGGAAAGAAGGCUGUGGAGGCAAUGCGGGCACUUUCAGGACGUCUUAUACAGACAAGAGAGCAGCUUGCACAAUCAGAAAAGCCUGCUAGCCCCAAGUUCAUUGUGACACUGGAUGGUGUCCCCAGCCCACCAGGGUACAUAUCUGAUCAAGAAGAGGAGGAGAUCUGUAUAACUGAAGGAGUGAAGCCAGUUACCCAAAAUGUAGCUGCAAACAAAGGAUUAAAAAGCUUUCAAGCACAGCAGAUGCAGGUUAUAAGCAGGCAGCUGGAGAGCCCUUAUGUGGAGAUGGAGGAAUUGACUGUGCCGCAGAAACAAGAGAAAGUGCUUGAGCGUUGCAAGUACUGGCCUGCCUGUAAAAAUGGAGAUGAAUGUGCGUACCACCACCCCACAUUACCAUGCAAAGUCUUUCCCAGUUGCAAAUUUGCUGAUAAAUGCCUGUUUAUCCACCCAAACUGUAAAUACGAUGCAAAGUGUACUAAGCCAGACUGCCCUUACACUCAUGCCAGCCGACGAAUCCCAUUGCCACCUCCCAAACCAGCACCACUACAGGCACCACCGGCAACCUCCAGCAGUCAGCUCUGCAGAUUUUUCCCGGCUUGUAAGAAAAUGGAAUGUCCAUUUUAUCAUCCAAAACACUGUAGAUUUAACACCCAGUGUACAAGACCAGACUGUCCAUUCUACCAUCCCACUAUUGCUGUACCUCCACGUCAUGCCUUGAAAUGGACUCGAACUCAAACCAGUGAAUAAUUAUCAUACAAUUUGUGGAUGAAAGUUGCUGCCUUUGGAUACUGAUGGAGAAGAAAUCCUGAUACUACAAAACCUUUCAUCACACCUUUGGAAGUUUGAAUAUAUAUAGUUUUCAUAAAAUGAAAUUGAUUGCAUACUUGAAAUGUCUCUAAUUUUCCAAAUUUGUAAGUUUAAUAGCUGAUUUUACUUUUUUUUUUUAAACUCUGUGAAGAGAACAUCUGUGGAGGGAAAGAAUUUUACUUUAAAUUCCAUUAAAAAUUUUAAGACCUGGUUUGUAUUUUA